AUGGAAGUUGAUUCGAUGUUGGAAAUGUUCUCAAGGUCCAUCGAGAAAUUUGGAGUAAUGUAUAGUAAUUACAUUUGCGACGGCGACACCAAAACAUUUCUUGGCAUCCUGAACGGCGACAAGUGCACAGUGACCAAAAACGAGUGCGUGGGACAUGUACAAAAGCGCAUGGGUACUCGUCUUCACAACAAGAGAAAACAAGAGAAGCUCGGUGGAAAGAAGCGGCUCACCGAGGCUUUGAUAAAAAAAUUAACAAUUUAUUACGGUCUGGCGAUUCGAAGAAACUUGAAUUCUGUAGAAGAUAUGAGAAAUGCAAUAAUGGCGACACUUGAUCAUUAUUGCUCUACAGAUGAAUUACCUCGCCACGACAAAUGCCCGAAAGGCGUCGAAAGCUGGUGUGGACACACACAAAAUGCGAACGAGACGUUCAAUUCCACUGUGUGGCGCAUCGCACCUAAACACCUUAACUCAGGCAUUAAAAUCGUCGAGAUUGCUGCUUACAUCGCUGGAGGAAUGUUCAAUGAAGGCUACAGUGCAGUAUUGAAAACCAUGCAGUUACUAGAUUUGAUAAUUAGACAGCAAUGCAACAAUUUCGUUAAGGGAGCCGACAAGGAGCGCGUCACCCGACAAAACAGACACGAUUCAUUUUCAAGUGAAGAGGCCAUAAACAGCCCGCUGACUCGAACAUCAGGGCGAAAACCAGUUUUUUAA